AUGCAUGCUUCUGAGCUGAGGACAUUGCACAGCUCGAAAAACUACGAGGAGAUUUACAAUAUUAUCAGGGAAGAAAUGGAAAAGCUAUCUCUUAGAGACAAGCUGUGCACCAAUGACUUGGAAGGUCUUCAGUCCUCGAUAGAGGAAGAAAUAAGAAGAUGUGUCCAUGAGCAAAAGGGAAUUCCAAAGCCACUGGUCAACAUCACGUUACUGCAGGGAGAAAGCUUUGAGGCCAGGAUGAAAUCGUUGGCGAUUUCUUACCUAGGAUCACUAUGUUCUGUGAGUUACCAGGAGUUCUUGAAUUGUAACUUUCAAAGACUAUCUUCAUUAAAGAGCUGUCUUGGAUGGAUUGAAGAAAGCAUAAGCAGAGUAAGCCUCAAAUAUUCCCAUGUCCCAGACGACUGGAGCUUACCACGAGAAAUAUUGCUCAAGUACUAUGUUAUGACGAAGCAACGGGUAUGUGAUUACUUCUUUUACAACGAGGUCGAUGAAGAGGAUUUCAUAGAAGCUUUUGAUGCAACGAUCAGAUGUGAGAAGAGACUUGGGAAGCUGUUUGAAAAACAGGGAUGCAGUGCAUGUGUACAGUCUACAUCUCUGGAAGAUGGAGCAUGUAAAUCCAAAGGCUUGAGUCAAAAGGAAACCUUCUGUCCACACAAGACAAUGCUAUCCUCAUUGUUUGUGCCAAACAUCGAGAUAUAUCUAGAAAGAUCCUUCAAAGAGCUUAUGGAGUCCGACCUCAACCAAGAGAAUGUUAAACUAUGCAUUAUCUCGGGGUUUCUGGACUUCUUUCGUGGAGUAGAAAAGAUUCUUAAAAGGGUUGAGUACCUUAAUGACAAGUCUGCGCAUAGGCAUCUCGUACAUUAUUUCGACGAGUAUUUGAGUCUUCUGAUCAAAAGAACACGCCUCCCUGGAUGUCUGAACGAGUCUAUAAUUGUACUAAACACUAUGCUUUACAUCAGAGAAACUGCUCUAGAUUUUUUGGACCAAAUCAUAGAAAAGUCAGAAGUAGAAGAGGACAUUCCAAAGAUUCACAUGCAAAUGAGAAAGGCCGAAAGACUUCAAAACACAUUUAUUGAUGAUUUUCUCUCAAGCUACUUCCUAGGCCUGGACUUUUCUGCUCCAGAGGGUCUUUCUAGGAAAGUCAUACAGAUCCUAGACAAAGACAUAAUGAAUGAAGAGAUAGAGGGAAUAUACGAGGAUAUCCGAAUCACAUUGGUGGAGAGCGUGGUUUCUCAUGUCUUUUCUGGAAUCUACUCCAUCAAAGUCACACCUAGGAUUUCCGAGGCUCUUUUACUCGAGACUGCAGAGAUAAAGCGAUACCUAAGGACAAAAGUGAGUGUUCUUCCUCUGAUAGAUGUUGUUGAAAAGUAUCUUAAGAUCUUUCUGUGCCCUCCAGACAAUGAAAGAUGUUUUGUGGAGAAUUUCAUACUUAUGUCAGAAGGCAUCUUUUCCUUCGACCAGAUUGUGAAUAACAUUGGAAGCAGCCAUGGGGAAGACCGCCUGUAUUUGGCAUAUAAAUCCGUGGUGGACUCUUUCAACGGUGUUUCUUAA